GUUGUAAUUUUUAAAGAGCCGGUUGUCCUGAAAUGCAGCCACAGGUUCUGUAGAGUGUAUCUGAAGCAGUACUUGAGAGCUCUUGAGAGAGUCCCAUCUGCAGGAGAAAGGCGUCUGUGGAUUCUCCUCCGGUAAACCUGGCUUUAGGAAGCACUGUGGAGUUCUACUUCAAGCAGAAGACUGAGACUCAAAUUACAGACAUGAGUGACACUCACUGCAGUCUCCAUGGCGAGAAACUUCUAAUAUUCUGCGAACAUGACAAAGAGUCACUCUGUCUCGUCUGUCAGACUUCAAAAUAUCACAGAAACCACCCGGUCUGUUCAGUGGAAGAGGCUGCACUGGAUCUGAAGAGUCAGGCCCAGCACACAGAGAGGCAGAUAAAGGCAGAGUUUGAGAAGCUCCACCAUUUCCUGCGAGAGGAAGAGGAGGCCAGACUAGCUGCUCUGAGGGAUGAAGAGGAGCAGAAAAGUGAGAUCAUGAAGGAGAAGAUAGAAAACAUCACAGCGCACAUCUGCACCCUUACAGACAAAAUCACAAUUAUAGAGAAGGCCAUGGACACUGGAGAUGCCUCCUUUGUAAAGGUAGAGGCUUGCUUUACUGCCAUUAAACGUUAACAAAUAGAUACUGCAGUA